AUGAAUGAAAUACAGCAAAAGAGUUCGGCUAAAAUCGAGGGAGAACUCGGUGAUAAAAAUCUAGACGAUAAAAAAGACACCGAUUCUGUUACUUCUAUACAGUUAGACAACGAAUCUGUGAAAAGUACUGCCAAUUCAGACAAAGAGAAUAUAAGCGAAAAAAUUGAUUUGAAUAUUAAAGAAGAAACAAAAGAAAAUUCAGAGAAAGAAGAAACGGAUGAAUACGACAAAUACUUUGAUCGAUGGGAAAGUGAUUCCGAACAGACAGUUAUUAACUCAGACAUCAAACUGUUGACAGAAGAUAUAAACAAUAAUUUUAUUGAAACAGAAGACAUAGGAAAAGAUAAUGCAAUUAUUAAAAGAGAUUCCGUUGAACAUGAAAAGUCAGAUUUACAGAUAAAAGCCGGCGAUAAAAAUCGAGAAGUGAAGCAAACAAAUGGGAAACCAAAUGGUGUUAAAACUGAACGCAAAGAGAGCAUCAAAAGUACUUCGAGUUCAAAGGCAAAGAGCGCUCGGAGUAAACAGAAUACAGGAGUCAGAGAAAGAAAGACGAGUCAAGAAAGUAAAGUAAGAAAAAAGAGAGACUUAGCCGAAAGUAAACCGUUGCUCUCCACCAGUGAUUUGAGUCUAAAUAAAGUGACGGAUAAUAAAAAUGAAUUGAAAGCGAAUUCCCUGAAGAACUCGGUGUCGAAUCAAGAAAUAAAUGGCACUCAUAUUGAGUCUGACAAACAAGUCAUAGGAAACGUAUCGAGUGAAGAGUCUAUAUUUGACUCGGCGUUGAUUAUCGAUAGUAUGGAAAAAGAAGAUUCGCAAAUGUAUUCUUCAUUAAUGGAUCAAAUCUAUGCGAGCGGUGAGUCUGUGUCUCCGAGUAGAGAACACUUGGAUGUGAUGGGCGAGUGUCAUAAGCCGGGUUCGAGAUGUGGUCAUAAAUUGCAUUUUAAGACAAUACCGGCAAAUGUGGGCAAAAUAGAGACGGGUCACAUCGGGUCCAGAGUUGACUCGAGACGUGAUAACCGAUAUCCGGACAAUACUGUGAGACAGCAUAGAGUGCUCAGGGUGCGACGAGAGAGACCCAGUUCUGAUGGCUAUAAAUCGAUUGAUCCAAAUAUCAUAACACAAACAGUGGAGAAAAGUUUGCGAAAAUACCAAUUGGAGCGCAAACUGUUUGAAGAGUUGCACGAUUUGAAGCGAUUCCAGAUUAGAAGCGGCAGAUCUAAUGAGAUAUUAAUGGUUAAGAGACUCAUCGAUAAGUUCAGGAAAGACGUGAAGGCGCCCGGAAUGAGUGAUUUCAGCGGCUCCUACACCUAUAAAAACUAUGAAUAUUAUCUCUACGACCAAUUGCGCAAACUUUCGACUUCCAAUCAGGGAAAGGUUGCAUUACUAAACAGGUCAAUGAGUCAUGAAAACAUUCAGUUAAUUAGAAAUUCAAAUGAGAGCAUAACUCAGAGUAACCCUGAAAUGAUGCAAAACACUGCUGGACUCGAUAUAAAUCAACAAAAUAAGGACACCAAUGAUACACAAUCGCCUGAUAAAGAUCGCAACAUUGAAAGCAAACAACAAUUAUCGCAAAAUGCAAUCAUUGCGAACACAUUACAUACAGAGAGCGGUGAAAGUGGUACACAUGACACGGAAAUUAUGGAAACUAUUGCUAUUUCAGAGACAAACGAUAAGCAUAGACAUGAGACCAGUAAUGAAAUAGAUUCCGACAGUGAUUUGAUAAAGUUUGACAGUACGGGUUUAGGGCUUACACUACACAAUGAUAGCUGUGAAAGCAAUCAACAUUCGGAUGUGAAUGCAGACCAAACUGACCAAUGCAUUGGAGAUAUUGUAGACAUCGGGGACAUUGAGAAACAUCUAAAAAGUGAUGAUAUUUUCCGAGAUUUACAGAACAGAAGUGUAGAGCAGAAUGAGCUGAUAGAACACAGCAUUGAAUUGAGUAGAAACAGGAAAAUUAGUCAAACCAUUAGUCAAGAUAUCAGUGAAAAUAUUAUAAAUGAUUGUUUGAAUGAAAUUCAUCAACAGUUGACUCAAAAAGAAGUUAAAAAUUUGGAAGAAAGUGAAGACUUAUCUGUUGAUGAAAUACAAGAUUUGCAGAACGGAAUGGAUUUCUUUAAACAAUCAAAUGUCGAAAAAACUAAAAGUAAAAUAAGCACCAAAUCAAGUGAUAGUCAAACUGACCGCAUAUCGGUAUCCGAAGCAAAAAGAGAUAAAGUGAAGUACUCCUCAGCCAAACAAAGUUACAGAAAAGAGUGUCUAAAAUCUGUCAAAGAUUUGGAGCCAACAGAUAGGGCUAAGAAUAGGCCACAAUUCAAACGAUUGAGAACUAGAAUUCCCAACAAAAGAGUAAUUAAUAUACCGAUUGAUGAGAUCAGAGAGCGCUGGAAACCAAUCAAAGAAAGUGAACUCAAAAAGCUUUAUAUUUUGAAUUCACACAAAACUGAUAGCCAACUAAAGACUCAAUAUAUACUUUGGUAUGAAUUGAACAAGACUUUGAGACACAGUUGGGACAAAACAAAGUCCACAUUUGACACACAAAUCGAGAAAUAUAUCGUCGAAAACAGAAAUAGUUUGCAAAGACGACGAACUCUGUCUGAUUCGAAAUACAGAAUUGAAAGGAAACUCAAAGAGAAGAAGAAUAAACUCUAUAACGAAUAUCUUCGCACAGCCUGUGCUCCGACUGAUGGCAACCUUUUGGGGAAACCUCUCCUCAACUUUAUGGCAGCCCUGAAGAUGAUAACAGUGACGGAGCCGUAA